UACGAUAUUUCAGUCUCCACUUCCAUCGCCUUCCCUCCGCAAGGUGGAUCGUUCCUCGUCCGUCUGCCUUUAUCAGAAAGGCAGCACUUUGCAUCUUCUCUUUCCCUUCCUUCGAUUCCUGAUAUUCCUGGUGUAUCCUCACCUGCCAUAGUGAUCAGACUGUCCUCUCAUCUCAGAACACAGGAGCUGGAAGACAACACUUACCAGGCCUGUUAACACUUUUGAAUUCUCCCUAUCCGGCGCAGUACCCGCUAUGGCAGACAUCGACGAAAAGACAAUGCACGCCCUGCGUAAGGCGUUCGCGACAUUCGACAAGACUAAGAAAGGCUACGUAGAAGCCAAGGACCUGGAGGGUAUCUUGAACAACAUGGGCACUGCCUUCGACCUGGAAGACCUCAACGAGACCAUCAAAAGAGUCGACAUUGAUCACGACGGAAAGAUCAACUUUGACAAAUUCGUCAUUAUCGCCUCCAACUUCCUGCAGGAGGACGACGAGGAGACUAUCACCAACGAGCUCAAGGAAGCAUUCAGACUCUACGACAAGGAAGGCAACGGCUACAUCACGACGCAGACGCUGAAGGAGAUCCUCAAAGAGCUGGAUAACAAACUCUCGGAGAACGACCUUAACGAUAUCAUCGAAGAGAUCGACGAGGAAGGCAAGGGAAAGGUCGACUUCGAAGGCUUCAGAGAACUUAUGAUCUAGCACCUUCGUCGGGUACUGAAGGACCUCCAGGGCAGGUCCUGGUGGAGGCAGUAACGGCUCAUCUCGUACCGUAUCUAAUACAAUUGAUUAAAGAAAGAAUAAAAUAUAGAUGUGUGUGCACGAGCGCUACACUGGAACACUUGAGUAGGCUUCCCAUAUAUUCAUAAUGUACUCGAAAACGUAGCCGCGAAGUAACUAGUGUAAAUUAAAGAGACAUUUCAUGUGCAUAAAAAAUAUUAAACUUUUAUUAAUUCUGUUACACAAUAUUAAAUUUUCCUAAUUAUAUUCAAAGGUUUGACUAAAAGUUCAAAAUACACACACACAAAAAAAGGAAUAAACAUCGAUAGUUUAAAUCGGGAAAAACAUUGUACAAAUAUCAUCAUAAGUUGAUUUUUUAGUGUAAAUAAUGAAUAUGAAAAUAACAAUGAAAAGUAAUUAUUGACUUAUCUACCAAUAUAUACCUAUGUGCUUAACAUGUAUGUGAUUUUACAACAGUGUCAGCAGAUAAGAAUUUUUCAUUGGAUUUUGAAUUUCAUAUUGUCUCUCAAUAUAAAUAUCAUCGAAAAUUACCUUUCGGUGAUUUUUUCUCCAGCUUUAAUGGUGACAGUCACAUGAGAACAUAACACAAAUAUAUACCUUAUGAUCAUUGCUUAUUCUUUUCCCAAGGUCAAAUCAUGAUAAGUUUCCUACCGAUGAUACGAUCUUUAUCUUUUUUUUUAUUGGGUUGUUCAAGUUUCUAGCGCGUAGCGUAUGACCUAAAUGUCUGUGUUAAGUUUUGCAUUUGAGUUUACGAUGUACAGAACUGAACAAUAUGUUGUUAACCAGUAAAAUAAAUAUAUUUUUAUUUUUUAAAUCCUUUUCCUGGUAAAUUACUGGCAUAAGAGCUACCCUCAAGGCGAACGUAUUUUCCCAAUUACGUUUGAUAUCAUUGAACUUACUACCUUUAACAUUUCUCCACCUUUAAAUAAAAACGAUCUGGAAUGAAUAAAAAGGGCAAACAAAAGCUAAACUGUAGUUUUUGUAUGCAGAAGGAAAAUUAAUUUGCGAAAACAGGCAUAUUGAGGCAAUAUGUAUGACGCUUAAAAGGAGAAUCGCCUUGACCUUUGUCAGUUUCUUCGUGGUAAACUUUCAGUGAAAAAAUGUCAUCAAAACUGAAUAAUGUGGCUGAGGCUACACUUGCCAGUGUAGCGUCACGCCUAGUAAGAAGCUGGGGAGUGAAUCACUGUUGAGUGCUAAGCAGAGACGGAAUGUGCGAGAGCAAUCUACAGCUCAUUUACUGGUGCACUGCAAAGUGCAAGCGAGAAAAACUUCACAUUAAAUGGUGCACAAUAUUUCUCUUAGAGUGGGCUAUAUAGACUACAAAAAUAUGAUGAAAGUGGGAGGAGAUAGAGGCAUAUUUAUUCAUCUGAUUCCUGGCAACUACAGUAGCAGCAACAUGGCGCCCAUAUUCAAUUCUUUAAGCACAUGAACAUAAGCUCCCACAUGGCUGUGGAAGGCAGGUUCUGGCAGUCCAAAUUAAUUGCUGUUAAAGAUUUUGUUAAUACUGUGGCCGCUAUAUGGAGUGGAUAUAAACUGUUUUUAUUA